AUGUCAAAAUCACCUAAAAGAUUUAUAGGAAAGAAUCGAGCGAGAAAAAUAAAAGAAAAUGAUAAUAAUAAUAAUAACACGGCUUCAAUUAAUAAUAUAGAAGAUGACGUUAAUAUUAAAGAAACCAAUAUAGUUCCUCAUAAAUCAAAUAAUUCAAAUAAUAGAAUUGUAAACCAAAUUCCUAUUGAAAUUUUAAAUGAUCCAUUAUUAAAUAAAGCGAUUGAACAGCUUCCUUUAAAUUAUAAUUUAGAAAUUCACAAAACAGUAUGGCAAAUUAAACGAUCUAAUUCCAAGAAAGUUGCAUUACAAUUUCCCGAAGGUCUUCUAAUGUUUGCAUGUAUAAUUGCUGAUAUAUUAGAAAGAUAUUGCAAUGUGGAAACUUUAAUAAUGGGAGAUGUUACAUAUGGAGCAUGUUGUGUAGAUGAUUUUACUGCUAAAGCUUUAGAUUUUCCAGUAAAUAUAACUACAAUCAAGACAAUGUAUGUAUUUGUGGAUAUAGGAAUUGAUAUAGAUCAUUUUAUAAAUACCUUAAAAAUGAAUUUUGAACUUGGAAAAAAAUUAACAAUUGUAGGAACAAUUCAAUUUGUUUCUUCUAUUCAGGUAAAUGAUCUUUUAUAUAUGUGUGUGGCCAAACCUUUGUCUCCUGGUGAAAUUCUUGGAUGUACUUCACCAAAAUUAGGUGAACAAGAUGUUAUAAUUUAUUUGGGAGAUGGAAGAUUUCAUUUAGAAUCUAUAAUGAUCUCCAAUCCAAGUAUUCCUGCAUUUCGUUAUGAUCCGUAUUCAAAAAAAUUUACCCGUGAACGUUACGAUCAUGAAGACAUGUAUUCUUUACGUAAACAUGCCAUUGAUUUAACUAAAAAUGCUAAAAGGUUUGGAUUAAUAUUAGGAACUUUGGGUAGACAAGGUAGUCCCAAAGUAUUAGAGUGCCUUGAAGAAAAAAUUCAAUCUAGAGGAUUAGAUUAUGUCUGUGUUCUACUUUCAGAAAUAUUUCCUGAUAAAUUAAAUCAAUUUCAGGAUAUUGAUGCAUGGAUUCAAAUAGCGUGUCCUCGUUUAUCAAUUGAUUGGGGUUAUGCUUUUUCUAAACCUUUACUUACUCCAUAUGAAGCAUCAGUUGCAUUGGAUACAAUUAAUUGGCAAGAUAUUUAUCCUAUGGAUUUUUAUGCUAAUGAUAGUUUAGGUCCAUGGACUCCUAAUUAUGGAAAAUUGGGAAAAACGAAAAUUAGGAAUUAA